UCCAGCUGCAUCUAAAUGUCUGUGUCUAAAUUUAAUGUGGACUACAGUCUGGAGUCUAGAUUAUCCUGAAGUGUAUGUGAGCUGCUGACAUUAUGAAUGAGGAAAACGCAAGCAUGUGUUUGAACAGGUCGCUGACGGAGAUGGACCGCUUCAGCAACCUGGAGGACAUCGACGUUACAGCUGACGGGAGCCCGGUUCUGAGAUUCCUCAUCUGCCUCGUGUACUCGGUGGUCUGCGCUGCGGGUCUCGUGGGCAACCUCCUGGUCCUCUUCUUCAUCAGGGUGAAGAAAGAGAGGAAGAAGUCCAGAGUGAACUUGUUCGUCCUCAACUUGGCAGUGACGGAUCUGCAGUUUGUUCUCACCCUUCCCUUCUGGGCCGUGGACACCGCGCUGGACUUCAGCUGGCCGUUUGGAGACGCCAUGUGCAAAAUCAUCCUCUCCAUCACCGUGAUGAACAUGUAUGCAAGCGUGUUUUUCCUCACUGCCAUGAGUGUGACCCGCUACUGGUCACUCGCCUCUGCCCUGAAGAACAGAACCGCGCGGGAGUCAUGUUCAGCCAAAUGGAUCUGCGCAAUUAUUUGGACACUGGCGACUCUGGCCACUGCGCCGACGUCUAUCUUCUCAACUGUUAGCAACGUAACUGGGGAAAAACUGUGUUUGCUGAGGUUCCCAGGUGGACAGUAUUGGUUAGCAGUUUAUCACAUACAAAAAAUUCUUGUAGGUUUUGUUUUGCCAAUGUCCAUCGUGUCCAUCAGCUACAUCAUGCUGCUGCGUUUCAUCCGCAAUCGGAGUAUGAAAACGAGCAACCCCAAACGGAGAUCCCAAGUCACAAAAUCUGUCACCAUCGUCGUGUUGUCCUUCUUCCUGUGCUGGAUGCCAAACCAUGCCAUCACCUUUUGGAGUGUGCUGGUCAAGCUCAACUUUGCAAACUGGGACAGAGCGUAUUACAUCGUCCACACAUAUGUGUUCCCACUGACCGUCUGUCUGGCGCACACCAACAGCUGCCUGAAUCCGAUUAUUUACUGCCUCAUGAGGAAGGAGUUCAGGAACAAACUGAGAGGUCUGAUUCACAGAGGAUAGAGUUUUUGGAGCGGUGUGAAUGAUUGGACGCAGCGCGAAAUGUGUCGGCAAACAAUAACCAAGACGCACCGGGAGCGCACGACAUAGAACGCGCAUGGAGCGAGAGAGGAGACCGGUCAGAAAGCACAAUCAGGACUAACAAAGUCAUUUCGAGACUAUUUGCUAGAUUCUGUUCAUUGAGACUGUUCCUUUCAUCGGCGCUUCUUGUCUUCACAGGCUUGCGUAAUGUGUCUAAUUUCUACAGAGAAACCAUUGAAGCUGCUUCAGGGCUUUAUGCACAUAAGUUGCUCAUUUUGUGUAAGAAUACUACACGUAUGAUCACUGCGGCAAUGCUUGUUAAAUACCCAGUAGGAGUGAUGUACCUCUAGUAGUCCACAGUCAAAGUGACUGCGUGCGUAAUUGCGCAUGACAAUCACACGUCUUAGUGUGCUGGUGUUAUAAUUCAACAGGUGAAACGUGGCUGAGCGCUUUCUGCAUCCAUUAGGAAUGUCUUAGUGAAUAAUGUAACCGUGCGUGUUCAUAACACAAUCAUGGCUAUAAACAUCACCUCAUCACCUGCUGAGGCAAAGGGGCGAAAGACCUAAAUAGGUUAGCGUGCCCAAAACAGUAGGACAAAUAUAUGAAAUAUGAUUGUUGUAAAUACGCCAAAACAAAAACUGUAUGCACUGUGUGUGACAAUAAAAAUGUACUCACGCUUUCACACAGGUCAGUUUUGCUUGUAAACCAUAACUGAUGGUGAUGAAACAGAUUUGAUUAGAAGGUUUCAACGAGUUACAAGGGGCUGGUCUUGAUAAUAGUGAACACACUACAGAUGUGUUUGCGUCCUGCAGGUUUCACUGUUCAUUCAGAAGUUGACCACUGCAGCUGGCAGGCUCAGCCAUGCAAAGCGGGCGGAUGAAAUAGACUUCAUGAUGGAUUUUUAGCUCAACACCAAAAACUCUUCACAAUCACUCAUUAGAAAAAGAGCCGGUUGCACGCCCGAGCACGGCAUGAGCCUCACGUGCGCAAAGGCCUUACUGAAUAGGUUGGCGAGCUGCAGCGCACGUGCACACACAGCUGGGUGUCAUGUGUACACAUUCAUAUCAGAAACUAGGCUCUAUUUCUGUCUGGCAGGAUGGACGCUGGCUGCUGCUGCGGAUUGAAUUAAGUGGACGCGAAUGUAAAAUGUUGAACUGAACAGAAUGCGAGGUGAACGAUUCCUGUUUUAUUUACAUUAGUAUUUAAAGGAACCAUCAAACUGUUGUAUUCAGAUGUAUUGACGUGGAUUUUUAUGUAUGUAUUUGUUAGUUUAUUCUUAUUUAUUAGUCAAGUGUGUUGUAAAGAUUUUGUUGUCUGAUUGUAUGUUACACCGGUUGUGUCAGUGCCAAGUUGGAAUUAUGUGGAUCAGAUCCAUUAAAGAAAUCCAAUAAAAUGAAAUAAAAUACAAAACAGAACAAAAUAAGUCAUCACUUUUGAAAUGGUAAGACAAAGAGGUUUAAAUGUGUUUACUGAAAAAAGCCCAUAGUCUUAUUUUCCCAAAGAUGCCCCUUCCAAACUGAACAUGCCUUUGGGAACUGUAAAUAUCCAGUUUUUGUUCUGGACCUAUUAAGGACACUUGAACUGACACAGAAAAAAAAAGAGACUCUCCUGUGAAUAAAUGU